AUGUCCAUGGACCCUGGAACUAUGCUGGCUGCCAUUGCCAAAGUAUCUUCUUUUGCCACGAGUGCCAGAGCGUCCGUUGCUAAGGUAGUUGCUAAGGACGCUCUGGGCUCUCAGAAAGACGUCGCUGCUUCCUCCUGCCUGCAUUCAGCACCGCUGGGGAAGGCACUCCUUUUGAAUCGCUUUGGUGUUUAUGUGUGGGAUGUAGAAGGCAAAAAAUACUUCAACUUCUUAAGUGCUUACAGUGCUGUCAAUCAAGGCCAUUGUCAUCCAAAGAUUGUAGCUGCUCUGAAAUCCCAGUGUGACAAACUUACCCUUACCUCAAGAGCUUUUUACAAUGAUGUACUUGGUGAAUAUGAAGAGUAUAUCACUAAAAUGUUCAAAUACAACAAGGUGCUUCCAGUGAACACAGGUGUAGAGGCUGGAGAAACAGCAUGUAAGCUAGCUCGUAAAUGGGCGUAUACUGUGAAAGGAAUUCCCAAAUACAAAGCAAAAAUUAUUUUUGCAGCUGGCAACUUCUGGGGAAGAACACUGUCUGCUAUCUCAAGUUCUACAGAUCCUUCCAGUUAUGAUGGAUUUGGACCAUUUAUGCCAGGUUUUGAAGUAAUUCCAUACAAUGAUUUGCCAGUUCUUGAGGAUCCAAAUGUAGCAGCUUUCAUGGUGGAGCCGAUUCAAGGCGAAGCUGGUGUGGUUGUUCCUGAUAAAGGUUACCUCGCAGGGGUGCGAGAGCUUUGCACAAAACAGAAUGUUCUCUUUAUCACUGAUGAAAUUCAGACUGGGUUGGCUAGAACUGGGCAAAUGCUGGCUGUUGAUCAUGAAAAUGUUAGACCAGAUCUCAUCCUGCUUGGAAAGGCCCUGUCUGGAGGAGUUUAUCCUGUUUCAGCAGUGCUGUGCGAUGAUGAAGUCAUGCUCACCAUUAAACCUGGAGAACAUGGUUCUACGUAUGGAGGGAAUCCCUUGGCCUGCCGGGUGGCCAUGGCAGCACUCGAGGUAAUUGAAGAAGAAGAAUUAGUUAAGAAUGCAGAAACCAUGGGCAACUUACUGAGAAAUGAGCUUAUGAAGACUCCUUCAGAUAUUGUGACUUGUGUCAGAGGAAAAGGAUUAUUAAAUGCUAUUGUUAUUCGUGAAACUAAAGGCUGUGAUGCCUGGAAAGUGUGCCUGAGACUCCGCGACAAUGGACUUCUGGCCAAACCAACGCAUGGUGAUAUCAUCCGGCUGGCCCUCCCACUGGUCAUCAAGGAGGACGAGAUCAGAGAGUGCAUUGAAAUUAUCCACAAAACCAUGCUAUCCUUCUGAAGACACAUUGUUCAAAGUCUGCCUUCAGCUUGAUUCCAGCAUGCUACUACAGAAGCAAUGUUUAGACCCCCCCUUAAGUUUAAUAAUUUUCAUCCAAUCAUUCAUGUUGGGUGCAAAAACUCAAGCCUUCUAAAAUCAAAUACUUUUAAACUGUUUUACAAUGUACCUAGAGAAAGCAAAUGACUAAUGGAUUUUGUUUAUUGUGACUUUGAAAAAUUUGUUAGGCUGCACUCUAUGAAUUAUGCAUUUGAACAUCUCCUCUUACAUUUCAGCCAAAGUAUAAAUUAUAUAAAUCCACUGAACUAAAUGCUAACAUUUUAAGCUAUUUUUAAAAAAUGACCCUUUUUCUUUUGCCAUUUGGUGCUGUAUGGAGGACUGAAAUCUUACUGUUGGUGCUAACAUUGUAUCCUGAUGGGAAAUCCUUGCUUCAAAGGAUCAAGAAUGGUAGAACCUUUCACCUUUUUGAAAUGAGUAUCGGUUCAUAAAGGUGGAUCCAAUGAAA